UAUAUAUAUAAAAUAAAAUAAUCGACAUUCUUUAACUAGUUCGAAAGGGGGCGUAAGCAAAGAUAAAUGCAUGUAACUAAUCAACAGUGGGAACAUUUUCUCUUCAGUCGGCUGCUGUAAUCUUGUUUUUGUUUUUUCCUUAUUAUAUAGCCGCUUUUAUCUUCUUCAAUUUGGCUUUGGAGUUUCGUAGUCGGUGGAGUUUGAUUCUGUUGUUUUUGUGGAAAAAGGUGAAAAGGGUAUUUAUAAUUCACGAAAAUAACAUCUGGGUUAGUGUUUUUUUGUCGUAAUUUUGGGGAUUUUUUAUUGAAGUGUAGGGGAGAGUACAUGUGCUUGUUAAAGGUGGCGAACCCAACAAAACCCAGUGAAUAUGUCAGAUUUACAGAUACAGAAAUCACCACCGCCUCCGCCACCAUCACCACCGCCGCCGGUGUAGAAAGUGGUGUACCGUCUUAUGGGCAAUCCCAAUUUAUGGAAGAAAGUGAUUAUUCGAUGUAUACAGGGUACAGUCAGACACGAGAGAUGUCGGCGAUGGUCACGGCGCUGACCCAUGUGGUAUCGGGUCAGAAUUAUCGACCCGAUACCAGUGGUGGUGGUGGUAGUGGGAUUUAUUAUUCGGCGAAUUCGCCGCCGUCUUCGGCCAGCUCGGGCUCUCAAGCUGGACAGAAGAGAAGCCGUGAUCAAGAAGAAUUUAGAAGUGGUUUGCAAUCUUCUUCUUCUGUUAAAAUUGAAACUACAAGUAUGGUUGCACCAUCAAACACCACAAUUUCCACCAUCACAACAGUUCCCGCUUUCAAUACAACCACCAUCACCACGACCACAACAGCUGCAACAACACCAGCAGCCGGUGGUUCGAGCGAAGAAACAGGAGGAGAGAGGAGGAGGAGAUACAGAGGAGUAAGACAAAGACCAUGGGGAAAAUGGGCAGCAGAAAUAAGAGAUCCACAUAAAGCAGCAAGAGUUUGGUUAGGCACAUUUGAUACAGCAGAGGCAGCAGCCAGAGCAUAUGAUGAGGCCGCUUUAAGAUUCAGAGGCAACAGAGCUAAACUCAACUUCCCGGAAAACGUCAGAUUAUUAUCCCCACAAAUUCAAAAUACUACUACAAGAUUAGCAAUCUCCAGUCCAUCUCCCUCAUCAACUGCAUCUCCUCAAUUGAUGCAAUUUAUGGCUCCAAUAACUCAACCAACAAUGUUUCUUCAUCAGCAUCAACAAUAUCCUCAACAACAUCCAGAUAUGACAAGAGAUUACUGGGAAUACUCACAAUUGCUACAAAAUCCCGGAGAUUUCUCUGAUCAACAACCAUCAAGCUUAUUAGAACAAAUGUUUUUUGCUUCAUCAAUGACGAUGUUGCAGUCAAACACAUUGCCAUCAUCUUCGUCUUCGUCAUUAGCUACUUCUGCAGCUUCUUCAACUUCAUAUCCCCUGCUAUUUUCUAGUUAUUACAGGCCACAAACUAAUCAAAUUCAAGGAACCAACACAAGCAGCACCACCACUAGCAGCAACAGCUCCAAUUUUUCUGCACCAUUUUGGAGUAGCUCCACCCAAUAUCCACCAUCUUCUAGCUAAAUAUUCAAAUUUUCUUGGUUUUCUUUUUUUUGGGUAGUUUUAUUUUCAUAUAAUUUUUUUUUUCAAAAAAUAAUCUUUAUAUGUAUUUGAGAGAUAGAUAGUCAGCAUAUAUAUAUAUAUAUAUUGGAAUAUUGGUUUCGG